AUGGCAUGGGCGAGAGUUUCAGUGUCUCCGAGGGUGGAUGUUGCGAUUGACAUGGGAAAUCCAUUUCUCAAUCUCACUGUGGAUGCUUUCGUCAAGAUCGGAACUAUCGCAGCCACGCGCGCAGUUGCCGAAGAUACCUAUCAUAUUAUCCAGAAGGGGAAUAUCUCAAGUCAUGAUUUUGAUAAAACGUUGAAGAAGAUGUGUAAAGAAGGUGUAUAUUGGGGAACUAUAGCUGGCGUUUAUGUUGGAACAGAAUAUGGGGUAGAGAGAAUCCGUGGCACUAGAGACUGGAAGAAUGCCAUGAUUGGGGGUGCAAUAACUGGGGCCCUGGUAUCUGCAGUCAGCAACAACAAGAAAGACAAGAUUGCGAUAGAUGCCAUUACGGGGGCAGCAAUUGCUACUGCUGCAGAGUUUAUAAAUUACCUAACCUGA